GAAGCCUUCAUCACAGUGAUCACUCCUCCUACUCAUGUCGUAGUCUUUCGCAAGAUCUAGCCAGUUUUAGGAUGUCAACGUUUCUCAGACAUAAUUCUUUGUUUCUUGGGGGGCUGGGAGCGGGGAUAGUUAUAGGAGUCGGAGGGUCACUGAUUUAUUUUCGAUUUACAACGAAUGUUGAUAGAGAGUUACGACUUAUUUCUGAAUCUAUCUCCAGUCUUCGGAAAGAGGUUGAGGAAUUGAAGGAGAAGGUUGUCAAACGUAAAAGGAAGAGCCCUGCAUUUUAUGGCACCACUUCAAGCAGUGGAGAGACAGACGAUGAUGCAUAUGAGGAUGCUUAUGGAGGGUCAGAUUAUGAGUUCCACAACUUUCAUGACCUUCAGACAGAAAUCCAUACACAAAUGAACACAAGAAUUGGCUGGGAAGAGCAACAGGAGGAAAGGAAGGAUGACACAGAUACUUUCUUCAAGGAAGUUGACAAACUUUUUGAUGGAACUGAUGAAGAUAAAUUAAGAGCUUAUGAAAUGCUACAAAAUAACAAAGAGAGGUUUGUUGACAAUGUAGAGUAUUGUUGGAGAUUAGCCAAGAGUACAUACCAAGUUGCACAGAUUGAGGGAAGCAGGGGGAAUCCGGAUAAGAAGAAACAGUUAGUGUAUGCCUCCAAAGACCUGUCUCAAAAAGCAGUGGCCAUGGAUGAGAAAUGUGCUAGUGCCCAUAAAUGGUUUGCCAUAACAUUAGGAAGUAUUGGUGACUAUGAAUCCACACAGGAGAAGAUUAAGAAUGGUUAUAUAUUUAAGGAACAUAUAGAGCGUGCAAUACAACUUAAUCCAUCAGACCCUUCUAAUCAUCAUUUGUUGGGCAGGUGGUGUUAUGGGGUUUACAUGCUUUCAUGGAUAGAGAGAAAGGCAGCAGCCACUCUUUUUGCCACACCCCCAACCUCUACAGCAGAGGAAGCACUCACACACUUCCUGGAGGCAGAUCGUCUUAACCCUGGUAAAUGGAAAGAAAACCUUCUGUAUAUUGGAAAGUGCUAUUAUCAGAUGUCAAAAUAUAAGGAAAUGACAGAAUGGCUCGACAAAGCAGCAGCAAUUCCUUCAGUCAGUCAAGAUGACAUUAAGGCAGAAGAAGAAAUCCAGACUUUAAUGAAGUACCAAGUCAGAUGAAUUUUUUAUAGAUUCUAUUUUUUCAACAUUGUCUUUUGAUGCAAUCAAAAUGUGGGACCAAAUCACUGUUGUGAAUUCUAUUGUGUUGUGUUACGCUUCAUUGUGAUAUGAAGCUUUUUAUUUCAUUUACUUCCCAAACUAUUUUUUAACACUUGAAAAUGCAAUCAAAUGACAAAUAUUGUGCAUAACCAGGAAAUUAAAAAAACAUAUAAAAUAUGAAGUAAAAAAUAAAAUACUUAGUGAUUGUCUUUAUUUUAAGAUAAAACAACACAUUAGAUAGAUAUAUUUCUUACACGGAGUGAUUUUAUAUGUUUUGACACCAGUUGGAAACUUUUACAAUAUCUGCACACUGGAGUUUGUUCACACAUUUUGAUUAUUCCAUCUGAACCAAACAAAUUUGCAUUUUUAAAUGUUUUUAAAAUUACAUUUAACAAGUGAAAUUGUAUGAUUUCUUAAAUUGUUAAUUAUUAAUAAUGAAAAAAAUAACCAAUUUUAUUAAUACAGUGUAUUGCAAUUCAGGAAAUUUUAACAAUCCACAAAUUAUCCUUGUGUAAAGAAAUGUACGUGAUUAUGUAUAUUUAAAAUUACCUCAUAUGCAUACAGUUGGCAGGAUUUUUUGAAUUUUUUUUUCCUUCUGCAUCAUCAAACUCAAUUUUAUGAUUUAGCUAAACUUGGUUGUGUUUGAGAAAUAAAAUGAAUAACAUAUUGUCCCAUAUUAUUUGAAUGAUUUUUUUUUUAUACAGUUUUCCUUAAACUAUUGCCACAAAAAUUUUUCAUUUUUAAAAGUGAAAUUAGGGUACCCAGUGGAAUAGUUGCUCAAAAUUUGUAUAAAUAUUUUAUAGAUUUAUCUUGUAAAUACAAAUAUAUCUUUUAUUCAUUCUUUUGAUCAAUAUACAUGUAUAUGUCACAAGGGCUAAGUACUUCUAUUUUAUGAGCCCUAGAUUUUCUGAGCUGUUUAAUUGAAGCUAUUUAUUGCUAACAAUCAUGCAAGUUAGAACCUUCCACCAGGAUAGAAAUAGGGUCAUCCUUCAUCAAUAAGUAAGAAUCAAACUCAACCUGCUGUUUGUAUUAGUGAUGCAGUAAAAAUUGCAAUGUAAUCAUCAUUUACGUGUUGUUAUAAAUAUCAUCCUAAUAUUGUACCAGUUUACAUGAACAUUGUAUUUGUAAUUUUAAAAAAAGUAAAUGAAAGUUCAUGCAGCUAUAUUUGAACAGUUUUUAUGAUUAUACCAGUUUGUCAUAUGAUACUGAUAACUUGAGGUGUUAUAUUUAAACAUUUGAUACUCAGUAAAACAGUGUUGAUUUCAGUUACUUUUGAUAUUUUCUUU